GUGAAAGCAAAGAUGGCGAACGAAUUGGACAGAGUGCGAAUCUCAGCUGCGGAACUGCGAGCUGAAGCUUCGAAUUCACUUAACAAUACGGAGAUUUUGAAAGGGGGACAACAGGAGCAUUGCUUACACAAGCAGUCUAAGAAGCGUGAAGGAAAGCGUCCUGAUCUGCAGCGUUACCAACCAACAACUGGACACGGACGGCGACAUCGAGACAAUGGGGAGGGCGAAACUAGUCAAAGUAAUCCCUCAACUGCUGAUUCACAUGAGCAUGAUCCGUCACCACCAAGUGAGAAUAAUAAAGUCUUUCAAAAUAUUUUAGAGAACCAAGGGUGCACCGGUGGAGGAUCAAGUACCAACAAAAGAAAUGAUGACAGAAUGAGUGGCGACGGCAGUAAUACUCACAACUGUAGAGAGGUCAUCCAGCCACAGGUUAAAAUGGAUACAAGUCAUGAAAAAGGAGUUGUUGAGAAGGACACAGAACACCAGGAAGCUGUUGGAGCUGCUAAACUUGCAAAGAAAGUUCGCAAACCUGACAGAGAAUUUUAUCAGCCUGGGAGCCGGAGGAAUAUCCAAGGCAAGGACUGUAGUGUUGGAAAAGAACAGGAUAAGCCUCCCCCCUGUAAGCAUGAGCAAAACCAUGAGCCAGAAUCUCAGUUUAACGCAAGGGCGGGGGACAAAAAAAAAAUGAUACAAAAGCAGGGAGGGAAAGAUAAAGUUAAAGUACAGGAGGGAGUGAAGUUGUCUGAUUGCAGUGAAGUAAAUGGAGAGGAAGGAAGUCAGUGUGUAGAUAUUUCUGUGAAAAAAAUUACAAGCAAAGUUGAAAAACUCAACAUAAAAGAGGGUGGUAAAAUCGGGUGUGCAGGUAAAACUACUGCAGAUUUAACUUUCAAAGAAGGGGAAAGUACUGCUAAACAAAUCACAAGUCAAGAUGCCGAAACCAAGAUUGAGGGAGAUAAGGCAGGGAAGAAGAGAGAAAAGGGAAUUCAUAGAAAAAAAGUAGAGAAAGAAAAAGAAAAGAAAACAGAUUCCAGAAAAGAAGAUGGAGGAGGUGGUGGAGAAAUGAACAGAAUAGGAGAACCUAAGAAGGAAAAAGACAAGAAAGCUGCAGAUGGGGAAAAAAUAGAUAAAACAAGAGAGGCACACCAAAGCAAAAGAAAAGAAAAUUGCAAAGAAAACAGAAAAGGAGAUAACAGCAGUUCCAGAGAGUCUGAGAAAAAUGCCAAGACAUCCAGAAAUUUAAAUAGGGCUGCAGAACGAGGUGAUAGACAUAGAUCCAAUGCAAAUGCCACAACACCAACCUCAAAACGCUAUUCCAAAUCUGAUGUUCGGCAUUCACGAAAUAGAACGUAUAGCAGUAGCUCAGCUAGCAGUGUGACUAGCCAAGAUGGUCCUGGAAGAGGAAUGGAUGUAGAGAAUACAAAGUGGCCAUGGCUGCACUCCCUGCACAAUAAUAAAGAAAUGCUUGAAAACAGUGAGAAAAGGAGCCAUUUACAAAGCUGGACAAACAACGAGGAUUCGUCAUCAGAGUCAGGGGAAGGCAGUGGGAUUAGUGACAGAGCUGAAGAUAGGUGGAGGAGGAGGAGAAAAAGAGGUGGUGAGGAAGAAAUUAAUAUGGAGAGACGAGUAGAAGAGAGGAGAACAAAGUCAAACAAAGGUGGAGGUCGUGGAAUCCUAAGGGUUCCUCUAGAAAAACAAUCAUGUACCCCAUCACGUAGUGGGGGAGCACAGCAUCGCCAGCAAGGCCCAGUUGGCAGAGGUGGAGGUAUCCUUGUGCUUCCAGCCCGCACAGACAUCUCUAACUCAUCAGAGGUAGGGCAAAGGCUUCUUUUUGGUGGAAUCAGGGGAGGAACAGCUUCCAGGAGUAGAGGAGGCCGAGGAGGAGUAAGACGACUUUGGGACCCAAAUAAUCCAGAUCAGAAACCUGCUCUUACUAGCAGUCAACCCUCACAGCAUUCAUCCGUCAAACAGCCUGUGUAUCUUCAGACUGGGACAGGAUAUGGGCAGCUUCACUUUCUGGACACAGAUGAUGAAGUAGCAGGCAGUCCUCCGGUCGCACAGGGGGAGCACUUUCAAUCCCAGCAGGCAGCUGCUAUGGCCUACUACAAAUUUCAAAACUCAGACAAUCCAUAUUGCUACCCCAUGCCCACCAGUAACCUUCAUAAUCCCAACACCACCAGCCAUCGUUAUCCGUAUUCUUAUAAUAUGGGGCACUAUCAAAUGAGUAAUUCCAAUGGCAUGUACCCAAGCCCUGGCAUUGGACAAUUCUGUGGAAGCUACAGGGGAGCGGGUUAUUCCCAACCAGGCGUGGGAGGUGGAUUGACAUUUGAAGAGGCAGAGCAACAAACCAGAGGGGAACUGGUCAGGCUUUUGAGGGCAGCAGAUGCCCAUGAGCUUCAGCUCAGUAACCUGUUGUCCAGGGAUAGAGUGAGUGCCGAUGGACUGGAACGCAUGGCCCAGCUCAGAGCGGACCUUUUGGGACUAUAUGAACAGGCCAUCCUGAUAGACAUUGAGUUCUCAGACUCUCAGAAUGUGGAUCAGGCUUUGUGGAAGAAUGUGUUUUACCAGGUUAUAGAGAGCUUCCGGCAGCUACUUAAAGACCCCAACAAUGAAAACACCCGCCAUAUUAGGAACAUGCUGCUCACACUUCUGGAUGAGGGAGCUCUCUUCUUUGAUGGACUGCUUCAGAAGUUGCAGACAGUGUACCACUUUACAUUAGAAGAUUACAUGGAUGGCAUGGCUAUCAGGGCUCGUCCAUUACGCAAAACGGUUAAGUAUGCACUUAUAAGCGCUCAGCGCUGUAUGAUUUGUCAGGGGGAUAUAGCACGGUACCGAGAACAAGCCAGUGACUCUGCCAACUAUGGAAAGGCACGCAGCUGGUACCUGAAAGCCCAGCAGAUUGCCCCUAAAAAUGGACGACCAUAUAACCAACUCGCACUGUUGGCAGUCUACACAAAGCGGAAGUUAGAUGCUGUGUAUUAUUAUAUGCGCAGUUUAGCAGCUUCCAACCCCAUUCUAACUGCAAAGGAAAGCCUGAUGAGUCUGUUUGAGGAGGCUAAGCGUAAGGCAGAGCAGCUUGAUACCAAGAGAAGACAGGAGCAUGAGGGAGGCUCCCAUGGUCCUGCAGUAAAAGGGAGAGGAAGAGGGGAAGAAGGAGCACGUGUGGAGAUUUGGAUUCGUCCUAGUGGACAAGCAGCAACCCCGUCUUCACAAAGAGGAGGGAGUGAGUCCAGCAGAGACUCGGAACAGGAUGGAGAGAUGGGAAGUCUAAGUGCUACUGAUCUAAAUAAGAGAUUCAUUCUGAGUUUCCUGCAUGCUCAUGGAAAGCUCUUCACUAAAGUCGGAAUGGAAACCUUCCCUGGAGUGGCAAGCCAUGUUCUGCAGGACUUCAAGAGGCUGCUCCAGCACAGCCCUUCACUGCUGGGCAGCACUAACAUGUUGCAGAUAAUCACCAUCAACAUGUUUGCCAUUCACAAUGCUCAAAAGAGAGGUGAAGAAGGAGAAGUACGGUCGGUUUUACUCGAACAAAGCACUGCACUGGGCCUCGGCAUGUUUGCACUGCUGGUGCAGCGCUGCACAGAGCUGCUCAAAGAAACUCCUGCUGAACCAGUGUCCAUGGCAGAUGGCGAGGAGGAAGGUAAAGCAGAGGAGCGGGAAGGUAUGGUCAGAGUGUCUGCCUUCCCUCUGGACCUGAGAGAACUGUUACCAAGCAUCAAAGUCUGGUCUGACUGGAUGUUGGGACACCCAGACCAGUGGAACCCACCACCAUGCAGUAUAGACUGCAGUCCUGAUGUUUGGCAGUGCCUGGCUGAUUUGUGCAAUGUGCUGGCACGUGUGGACCACGAGGAAGUACCGCUGUAUAAGAUCGAUAGUGAUGAGGGUGAAGGAGAUGAAGAGCUUACAGUGCUUCAGUUGAAGGAAGACAGGCUGCUUGCUGGCUUUGUACCACUGCUGGCUGCACCACAGGAGCCGUGUUACACAGACAGACACACUGACAUGGCAAUCGCAGCAGAUUGUAAGAGAGUAACCGUUUUGAAGUACUUUCUGGAGGCCCUGUGCGGACAGGAAGAGCCUCUACUGGCCUUCAAGGGAGGCAAAUACAUCUCUGUGGCAAUGUCUCCUUCACCUAACAACUCAGAAGUUACAAAAAGCAGGCAGGAUUCACUAACAGACAAAGAGGUGGAUGACGUCAUACUAGAGGCAGAGUCAUCGCUGUCUGUAUCAGAGGGAGAGGAGGAUUUUGACGAGGCAGAAGACAGUGAGAAUGACAUCAGACAGCUGAAGGCGCGCCGCCAUGCCCUCGCUAACAAACUGGCACAGCAGCAGAAACGCAGGGACAAAAUACAGGCUGUGCUCCAGACUGGCGGCCAGUUGGAACUGGAAGUGAGGCCUCUCUUCUUGGUCCCAGAUACUAAUGGAUUCAUUGAUCAUUUGGCAGGCCUGAAGAAACUCCUUCAGUGUGGAACAUACAUCAUAGUUGUGCCACUCAUUGUGAUUACAGAGUUAGAUGGUUUGGCAAAAGGCCAGGAUGUUGUUGGUGGAGCAGUCGGGUCAGGAGGGCGCAGCACUAGCGGUCGUGGCAAUUAUAAUGUUAGUGCAGCCCACGUGCGGGCAGUGCAGGAGAAGGCUCGGUUGGCAGUGACUUUCUUGGAGAAAGGGUUUGAAGCCAGAGAACCAUGCCUCAGAGCCCUGACAAGCCGAGGAAAUCAGCUCGAGUCUAUUGCCUUCCGCAGUGAAGACACCUCUGGACAACAGGGUAACAACGACGAUGUGAUUUUAUCAUGUUGCCUCCACUACUGCAAAGACAAAGCAAAAGAUUUUAUGCCUCAUCAGAGAAAUGGGACAGUGAGGUUGCUGAGAGAGGUGGUACUCCUUACAGAUGACCGCAAUCUACGUGUCAAAGCUUUGACCCGCAACGUCCCUGUGAGAGACAUCCCUGCUUUUCUCAGCUGGGCCAAAGUGGGCUGAACCAGAUUAAUCUGGAACCCACAGGAACCCAACUACUGAAGCCUGCUUGUCACUCAGCCAGGAGAGAAGUCACUUGAGCAGGGGAAAAAGAGGAAAUAUCUGGGGGGGGGAGAAAUGAUAACAUAAAGAACCACUUCUUAUGAAAUACAAGCAAUUGUAGAGCAGGUGAGCUUUUUCCUCCUUGUGAUGAAGUGUGCGUGUGUAUGUAUGCAUUCAGAUCAGUAAGCUUCCCCAGAAAGAGCGGGCAAGACUUGAUAAGUCUUAGAAGGGUUGGAAUUCAAAGGAGAAAGGAGGUAAAAUGGAGUCAUUGGAUCUGUAGGUUAUCGUGUCCAACCUCAAACCUCUGCACCUGUUUAAUGUGCACCUUGCAAGCAGCAUUUAAUUUGAAGCAAAUGAUAGAAUAAAACCAUAGAAGGGGAAAGUCUAUAAUCAUUAAAGUGAUUAGGGUCAGUAGUAAUGAAUGCUAUAAAUCGCACUUCCAAGCUUCUCUGAGGUCCCAGGCUAGACUGUUUGGCCUUUGCAGCAGAACUGAGAGGACAGCAGGAUGAGAGAAGCACAGCUGGAAGGUCUCUGCCAGGACAGUUUAAAGAGGCUUAUUGUCUUGAGGGUUAAUUAAAAGUCCUCGUGUGAACUCGGCACCAGGAAGAUAUCACAGGCAGGUAUGGCUUUCCCUGCUUAUCCAGGAAACGCUCUAUGCCUGUUGGUUAUCUUGGCGUUUUCCUUGUAAGCUUUUGUGAACAACAAAAGCACUGAAUGUAAUUUUUUUUGCUUGUUUUACUACUUCUUUAUCUCACAUGUAAAACAUUUAGUUUCUGCCUUCAUUUUGUCUUUAAGGGGUUGAUAAUAUGCAUCUGCAAAGUUGGUCCAAAAAAGGAAUGAACCAUAAGUUAUUAAAACAGGUUUUUUUUUCUUUUUUUUUUUUAUUUCAUAUGAGUUCCAGUGUAUUUGUAAAUAGUAAACAUCUUUCUUUGAGGAGUGAAACAAAUGGAUUUGUUUGUUGGCUUUCCAGUUUCAGGAAAAUUGACUACUUUUGGGAUGUUGAAUGUUGAAAUCUAUGGCACAAAAACUGCACAUAAAGAGAUGGUUUUGUCCCUCAUGACAACUUUGCGGAAACUAUUAUCAAGUAGCAUUGGUGACUGGUUAAUUUUAUUUGUCCAUCUCAGCAUUUCUUAACAUUUUUGUGCUUUUCAGUUUGUAACACCACAACAAUCUACAGUUUGUUUUCAUCAUAGAUACCUGUUUUCUGACUUUGACUGUUUUCUCACAUACAGAUAUAUGUAAAAUAUACAUCAGCUACAACAAGAAGUCAUAUGUGCAAACAAUAAAUGAACACAGUAGUAGCUUUUCCUUGCUAAGAGUUUCCUCAUAGUUUGUUAGUUGCCCAUCUAAGAUUGUAUCAAUGCUUUAAAAUGAUAAACCACACGUGAGUCUUCUGGUUUGCAGCAACAGCUCAGCAUUCACUUACAAAAAUGUUUUUAUAUGGAUUUAGAAAUUAGUGUCCUGCACCUGUGUUUAAUGACUGCCAUCAGCUUAUUCUUAUCACGUGUGACGCAGCAAGAAAGGUACACUUGUUAUCUGUUGUGUUAGUGGCUCUGUUGCAGUUGUUGUGUUGAAGCAAAUCUACUGACUUUUUCAUCACCAUUAAAAUGUUUAAAAACCA